AUGAAAAAGCUUUGCUGUGUCCAUGAUCUGAGUCAUCUCUUCUUUCUCUCCACAGGUCAUCCAAGAGCAGGCAGCAUGGCAGAGUUCUCAGAACAAUUAAACCAGUCUCAAGUGUCAGAAUUUAUUUUGGUGGGACUGACCAGCUUCAAGGAUGCAGAGUUUAUUCUCUUUGCACUCUUCUUAGUUAUCUAUGCUGUAACUGUUCUAGGUAACCUUCUCAUUAUGGUUACGGUGUUUCUUACCCCAAACCUGAAUACCCCCAUGUACUUCCUCCUUGGAAAUCUCUCUUUUGUGGAUAUAACCCUUGCUUCCUUUGCCACCCCUAAAAUGAUUGUGAACUUGGUAAAGCACAAGAAGACUAUUUUUUUUGCUAGUUGUUUCACUCAGCUAUUUCUUCUUCAUAUGCUGGAUGAUGUUGAAAUGCUACUAUUGGUUUCCAUGGCCUAUGACAGAUAUGUGGCCAUUUGUAAACCCCUAUGCUACACGACCAUCAUGAGCAACAAAAUGUGUGUCUUGCUUGUAGUGAUGUCAUGGUGCUCAGGUCUGCUUCACGUAGGACUCCAGUUACCCUUUGCAGUAAACUUGCCUUUCUGUGGUCCCAAUGUGGUGGACAGCAUUUUCUGUGAUCUCCCUCUGGUUAGCAAACUUGCAUGCACAGACACCUAUUUUGUACAGAUAGUCAUUGUUGCCAACAGUGGCAUGCUCUCCAUGAGUUGUUUUCUCAUUUUGCUUAUUUCCUACAGUGUGAUCCUCAUGACCAUCAGGAGAUGCUCUACUAUGGGGCAGUCCAAAGUCUAUUCCACUUUGACAGCUCAUGUCACUGUGGUAAUUCUCUUCUUUAGUCCAUGCAUCUUCAUCUAUGUCUGGCCCUUCAGCAACCACUCUGUGGAUAAGUUCCUUGCUGUAUUUUAUACCAUUAUUACCCCUAUCUUGAAUCUACUUAUCUACACUCUACGAAACAAAGAAAUGAAGACAGCCAUGAGGAAACUCUGGAGAGCAUUUGUGAAUUCCAGAAAGGAUACUUAG